UCAGAAAUUUUUUCUACCGUGUGCACUACUUGAAUGCGUGAAAUUAAGGAAUGAAACUUGAUCGAUGAUUCCUUUCUUAAUUUCAUCUACGGAGUAUAUUAUAAUGACUUCGAUGAUCUCAGAAUUCUCAGAGAAUUAAUCAAGCUUCAAUAAUGUCUUCUUUCUUUUCAACCCCCUCCCUUGACCAGGACUCCAAUGAGGCGCAACUAAAAACAUCGCCCAGAUGUGGAACGGCAACAUAGCCAUUGUACGCGGGUUACAGCAAGGGGAACGGCAGCUGGGAAAGACGGUGGCCACAGACAGCGGCAAGGCUACAGACAGCGGCAAGGCUACAGACAGCGGCAAGGGCACAGAAACAGCGAGGCAGAUGGAAAGGAAGCUAAAUGGGAUCUGGAUUGGCUCGUACAAGAUCAGAGUGAAGAUCGCAAAUGAUCGGCAACGGAAAUCAUCAAUGUCCAGGAAACUACAAGGUGAAGUAAAGGAUAGUGGAUCAACGGUGAACAUGAAUAGGCUGAUCCAACCAGGGCACUCAUAUGCACAAGCAGUGAAGGGGCAGGGAAAGAGGACAGAAAAGGCACCAGUUAAUCUGCAGGAAAGGGAUGAAGAAGCAACUUCGGAUAAGGGUGGCAUGGUGGCAGAGGUGAGAUCAAUGGCUUCGGUAUCAGAGAUUCAGGAGCAAUUGGAUGUCGAUGGAGGCUCAAUCUCAUUAGCACCAAUCGGGGGAAAACAUAUGUUAUUAACGGAAAGAGUCAAAGGGUACCUAGUUGAGUAUAUGAAGCUAAAUGAGGAGUUGUUUGGAUUGUGGUUUGAGUCGUUAAAACCAUGGGAGAAGGCAACAGAGGAGAAAAGUAGAAUGGUGUGGUUGCGAAUAACGGGAGUGCCUCUAAAGGCAUGGAGUGAGAGGUGUUUCCGAAUGAUAGGUGAGACAAUAGGAGAAGUAUUAAUGAUUCAUGAUGAUACAAAGAAGAAAUCAAUCUUAUGGGAUGGGAGAGUUUUGAUUUUAUGCUCAGAUUCUAGCAAGAUAUCAAAACGAGCUAAGCUGAGAGUGGGAGAGAAGGUGUAUGAGAUAGAGAUAGUCGAAGAGGAGUGGCGCUCUGAUCCGGAUUGGUGGUUGUCGGAGAAUGACCGGAAAAGUGACUUGGAAACGGAGUCUGAAUACUCAGUAGCGUGGAGUCAGAAUGAGGAUCCUGAGUUGGAUAAGGAUGGGAUAUGCGGCGGCGAGGAUAUGAGUACUGAUUCAGAGCAAUUAAUGAAGGAUUUGGAUUUAAAUUCAAAUUCGAAGCCGUUGGCGAAAAAUGAAAGCUGUGGACAAAUUGAAACAGGGAUGGUUUUGGAGGGGAAUGAAGGGUACGAGCUUACUCAGAAUAAUGGGCCUCAAAGGCUGAGUUUUGCGAAAGGGACACCGUGGGUGACACCCAGAACAAAGCAGAGACAGUCAAGGAGAGGGGGCGCUAGACAAACCGGGGAUGACAAGGUAUGCACCGCUGGUACUGUUUCUAUUUCGGAUGAGUGCAUUGAAAAUAGAAAUAGGGUGUUGCAGAGAGAGAUGAAUCUCCUUGAGGUGCGUUGGAUGAUGAGGGUGGGGAAGAGGUUGGGUUUUCAAUUUGAUAAUAAUGAGGAGGAGAUACAAUCUAAAUUAUUGGAGGCAGAGGAUCGGGAUGUAGAAGGAAGAAGGGACGAGUCGGGGAGGAAGGAGGUGAAAAAGAUGGUUAAAGAAGAGAGGCCCGAUUUUUUGUUCUUGCAGGAAACAAAAUUAGAAAGGAUGGAUGUUGGUACUUGUAGCCAGUUGUGGAAUUCUGAUGAGUUUGACUGGGUUGCGAAGGACUCUUCUGGAGCUUCAGGGGGUUUACUGUGUAUAUGGGAUAGGAGGCACUUUGUUAAGAGGGAAGAGUUAAUUGGUGACGGUUUUGUGGGAUUAUCAGGGGAAUGGGGAGUAAGUAAACAACAGUGCUUUCUUAUAAAUGUGUAUGGCCCAAAUGAUAGACAAAAGAGGGCUAAGUUGUGGGAGGAACUAAGGAAGAUGAAAACAGACAAGGAAGGAUAUUGGUUGAUAGCAGGGGACUUUAAUGCUGUUAGAGGCCCUGACGAGAGAAGAGGAAAAUUAAGGGAGAGUCUGGGUAUGAAGGACUUUGAUGAGUUCAUUGUGGCAACAGAUUUGGUGGAUGUUAAAUUGACAAAUAGAAGGUAUACUUGGUAUAAACCAGAUGGUAGAGCAAGAAGCAGACUGGACAGGUUCCUGUUAAGUACGGAGAUGAGUAACAUGGAAGGAGAGUGGAUUCAACAAGCAUUGCCAAGGAAUAUCUCUGAUCACUGUGCUGUUGUGUUGAAGUCCAGAACAACAGAUUGGGGUCCUAGGCCUUUUCGGGUUCUGGAUGCAUGGCAACAACACCCAGAAUUCAAAAAGGUUGUUGAAGAAAAAUGGAGCGAGAUGGAGGUGGAGGGGUUUGCAGGGUAUAAAUGCCAGCAAAAGUUAAAGUUGUUAAAGGAGUUUUUAAAGGGAUGGAACAAGGAAGUAUUUGGGAACAUGGAAGCUCUGUAUGGGCAGGCCGUGAAAAAGAUAGAGCAGGUUGACAUGCAGAAUGAAGUAUCAGAUUUAGAAGAAGCUGAGAUAGUUAAAAGGCAAGAAGGCUUCUCUGAGAUGUGGGACUGUAUAAGAAAGAGGGAACUUAUCUGGAAGCAGAAGUCAAGGAAUAAAUGGGUGCGUGAGGGUGAUGCGAAUACCCGCUUCUUCCAUAGAGUUGCUAUCGGGAGAAGGGCGCACAAUAACAUAGUAGGCGUAAUGAGUGAGGGGGUGUGGUGUGAAGAACCAGAUGCAGUUAAAAAUGAGAUUGCCAAAUAUUUUAGAAAGUGUUUUCAAGGAGACUCAUGGAAUAGACCCAAGCCUGGGGAUCUUAAAUUUCAGCAGAUCUCGGAGGAGAAAAAAGAAUGGCUUGAAAGACCAUUUUCGGUUGAAGAAAUUGAGGAAGGCUUGAGGAGCUGUGAUGGUUCAAGGGCACCGGGGCCGGAUGGGUACAACUUCAACUUUCUCAAAUUUGCGUGGCACUGCAUAAAGGAGGACUUCAUCAAUUUUUUCUCUGAAUUCCAUCGGAAUGGUAAAUUGGUUAGGGGACUGAACUCUUCUUUUAUAGCUUUAAUUCCUAAGAAAUUGAAUGCUGUUGAACUAAAGGAUUUUAGACCCAUAAGCUUGAUUGGUUGUGUAUAUAAAUUAUUAGCGAAGGUGCUGGCUAAUAGAUUGAAAUCUGUGAUAUCAGAAUUAGUGAGUGACACCCAAUCUGCUUUUGUGGGGGGCCGUCAGUUGGUGGAUAGUGUUUUGGUGUUGAAUGAAGUAGUGGAUGAGGUUAAAAAGAGGAAAAAACCGGCUUUUGUGUUUAAGGCAGAUUUUGAAAAGGCAUACGAUUGCGUAGAUUGGUCUUUCUUGGAUUGGAUGAUGGAGAGAUGUGGCUUUGGAACGAAAUGGAGAGGUUGGAUUACGGAAUGUCUUUCAACCGCGAGAAUUUCGGUCCUAGUAAAUGGGAGCCCGACAAGGGAAUUUGAGGUAGAGGGGUUACAAGGUUUAGUACAGAGAGCAGUAACGGAGGGAAUGUUACAUGGGAUUGAGAUUGGAAAGCAAGGGAUGUCCGUGUCUUUACUCCAGUUUGCGGACGAUACAAUUAUUAUGGGUAGAGCAGAUGCUGAGAACAUACGUAUGGUGAAGGACGUCUUAAAAUGGUUUGAGCUUAUGUCGGGCUUGAGGAUAAAUUUUAGAAAGAGCAGUGUCUUUGGGUAUAAUGUGUCAGAGAAAUGGCUAAAAGGAUCAGCGGGAAUGUUACGCUGCGGGGUUGGUCGAGCACCUUUCCUUUAUUUGGGAUUGCCCGUGGAUGGUAAAUCUGGGAACAAGAAGUUAUGGGAGCCGGUUGUAAAUAAAUUCCGUGCCAAGCUUGCUGAUCUUUGCGAACCCAAUGUUAGGUUCGCGCUUGGUUCGCCUAGGUUCGUGAUGGGAAACCCAGCACUUGGGUUCGCGUGGGUUCGUGACGCGAACCAAACGCCUGGGUUCGCAUGGGUUUGUGAUGCUAACCCAAUGCCUGGGUUUGCAUCACGAACCCAGUGCUUGGGGUAUUCAUCGCCGGCUGGGGAUCUAAAAGGUGAUAACAUAAAAGUCUUCUAUAAGAAAAUUUCUUACAGGAAAGAACGGAUACCGUUGGAGGAAGUGUUGGUGCAGCUGAAAUGUACCAGGGCUGGACUGACUUCCGACGAAGGAGCCCGUCGACUCCAAGUUUUUGGACCAAACAAACUAGAAGAGAAAAAGGAGAGCAAGAUUCUCAAGUUUUUGGGUUUUAUGUGGAACCCUUUGUCAUGGGUCAUGGAAGCUGCUGCUAUGAUGGCUAUUGUCAUGGCAAAUGGGAGUGGGAGACCUCCAAACUGGCAGGAAUUUGUUGGUAUCGUUGUGUUGUUGCUGAUCAACUCUACCAUUAGUUUUAUUGAAGAAAAUAAAGCUGGUAGUGCUGCAGCAGCCCUCAUGGCUGGUCUUGCUCCCAAAACUAAGGUUUUAAGAGAUGGUAGAUGGAGUGAACAAGAUGCUUCAAUUUUGGUUCCAGGGGACAUAAUCACCGUUAAAUUGGGAGACAUAAUUGCUGCAGAUGUUCGUCUUCUUGAGGGUGAUCCUUUAAAGAUUGAUCAAUCUGCUCUCACUGGAGAAUCUCUUCCUGUCACUAAAAACCCCUUAGAUGUAGUGUUUUCUGGUUCCAUGUGCAAACAGGGUGAAAUAGAAGCAGUUGUUAUUGCAACUGGUGUGCACUCGUCUUCAGGUAAAGACGAGCAUUUGGUAGACAGCACCAAUCAAGUUGGGCAUUUCCAGAAAGUUCUCACUGCCAUUGGCAAUUUCUGCAUUUGUUCGAUUUUUAUUGGAUUAUUCAUUGAGGCAGUUGUCAUGUACGGGAUCCAGCACCGCAUGUACAGGGUUGGAAUUGACAAUUUACUAGUUCUCUUGAUUGGAGGUAUCCCGAUUGCCAUGCCAACUGUGUUAUCUGUCACCACAGCUAUUGGUUCCCACAGGCUCUCUCAGCAAGGGGCUAUUACCAAGAGAAGGACAGCCAUUGAGGAAAUGGCACGCAUGGAUGUUCUCUGCAGUGACAAGACAGGGACUCUGACCCUGAACAAAUUGACUGUUGAAAGAAACCUGAUUGAAGUGUUUGUAGAGGGGAUGGAGAUGGACCAAGUUAUCCUUCAUGCAGCUAGAGCUUCAAGAACUGAAAAUCAGGAUGCUAUUGAUGAGGUUGUUGUUGGAAUGCUUGCAGAUCCCAAAGAGGCACGAGCUGGUAUUAGGGAGGUUCAUUUCCUUCCUUUCAACUCUGUAGACAAAAGAACUGCUCUUACCUACAUUGAUUCUAAUGGAAACUGGCAUAGGGCUAGCAAAGGUGCCCCUGAGCAGAUAUUGGACCUCUGCAACUCCAAGGGAGAUGUUCGGAAAAAGGUUCAUGCAGUAAUUGACAAGUUUGCUGAACGUGGACUUCAAUCAUUAGCAGUGGCAAUACAGGAAAUACCUGAGAAGACCAAAGAUAGUUCAGGGGAACCAUGGCAGCUUAUUGGUUUGUUGCCUCUAUUUGAUCCUCCAAGGCAUGACAGUGCUGAAACUAUUAGAAUGGCUCAAGUCCUCGGCGUGGAUGUUAAGAUGAUUACUGGUGAUCAACUUGCCAUCGCCAAAGAAACUGGGCGGAGGCUUGGAAUGGGAACGAACAUGUACCCUUCUUCCUCCUUGCUUUUUGAAGAUGAGGAUGCUUCAAUUGCUGCUGCUUUCCCUAUAAAUGAGUUCAUUGAGAUGGCAGAUGGAUUUGCUGGAGUAUUACCAGAACACAAAUAUGAAAUUGUUAAGAGGCUGCAAGAGAGGAAACAUAUCUGUGGUAUGACUGGAGAUGGUGAUGCACCUGCUUUGAAGAAGGCUGAUAUUGGAAUUGCUGUUGCCAAUGCUUCAGAUGCUGCUAGAAGCGCAUCAGACAUUGUCCUUACUGAACCAGGGCUUAGUGUCAUUAUAAGUGCGGUGCUAACAAGCAGGGCCAUUUACCAAAGGAUGAAGAACUACACAACCUAUGCUGUUGCUGCUACCAUCCAUAUUGUGUUUAGUUUCCUGAUUAUUGCCUUGGUGUGGAAGUUUGACGUUGCUCCUUUUAUGGUCUUAAUUAUUGCCAUCCUAAAUGACGGGACAAUCAUGACAAUAUCAAGAGACAGAGUGAAGCCAUCUCCACAGCCUGACAACUGGAAGCUGAGAGAGAUUUUCACUACUGGCAUUGUGCUCGGAGGAUACUUGGCAUGCAUGACUCUAGUAUUUUUCUGGGCUAUAAGAGACACCGACUUCUUCCCUGUUAAGUUUGAUGUAAUUGUUCUGCGCCAAUCGUAUACGUCAGAGAUGAUGGCGGCUUUAUACCUCCAAGUGAGUAUUGCGAGCCAGGCCCUUAUUUUCGUGACACGAUCCCGAACCUGGUCCUAUUUUGAACGCCCCGGACUUCUGUUAGUCAUUGCUUUGAUAGUCACUCAGCUGGUAGCAACACUGAUUGCAGUCUAUGCAAAUUGGGAUUUUGCUAGAAUAAAAGGUAUUGGCUGGGGAUGGGCUGGAGUGAUCUGGCUUUAUAGUGUUGUGACUUAUAUCCCUCUCGAUAUUCUCAAGUUUGCCAUUCAGUAUCUCCUUGGUCGUGGUGUGAGGGAUACACUUUUACGGAACAAGACCACCUUCACUACAAAAAACCUUUUCAGUGACAAGAACAGUUUUAGGGAACUCUCAAAGAUUGCAGAGGAGGCUAAACACCGGGCCGAGGUUAUCAGGCCGAGGGAGCCUACACUUACGGUGCAUGUUGAAUCAGAUGUUAAGCUGGAAAAGAGACUUGACAUUGAUACGGUAGCCUUCGAUGCAUCCACAAUGGAGAAAUUUCUGGAAGAUUGGAACAAGGAGAAGCCGGUGAGAUACACUGCUCAGCAACUGGAUGACUUUACUAGAAAUUACUCGAAAAGGUUGGGGUCUGGAGGAUAUGGGGAUGUUUAUGAAGGGCAGUUUCCAAAUGGAGUCAAGAUUGCAGUGAAGUUGCUCAAGGAAAAAUAUGAGGGAGCAGCAAAAAAGCAGUUCAUGGCAGAGAUAGACACAAUUGGAAGAACAAACCACAUUAAUUUGGUUAGACUUUAUGGUUUUUGCUAUGAUAGAAAUACAAGGGCGCUUGUAUAUGAAUUCAUGGAAAAUGGAUCGCUUGAUAACUACUUGUUUCGGAAGAAGGAGAUGAUUGAGUGGGAAAAAUUGCAUGUAAUAGCGGUGGGUACAGCCCAAGGAAUUGCUUAUUUGCAUCAAGGCUGUCAGCAGAGAAUUAUUCACUAUGAUAUAAAGCCAGCCAACAUUCUACUUGAUGCAAACUUCCUUCCUAAGGUUGCAGAUUUUGGGCUUGCAAAGCUUUGCAACAGGGACAAUACUCAUGAUUCAGUUACCGGAUUCAAGGGAACCCUUGGUUACUCUGCCCCCGAGCUUGUUCUGAGAAAUCAUCCCAUAACUUACAAAUGUGAUGUGUAUAGUUUUGGAAUGUUGUUGUUUGAGAUAGUUGGGAGAAGGAAAAACACAGUUAGUAGUUCCUCUGAAAUCGUUGAUUGGUUUCCAAAGGUUGUGUUGGAUAAGUACCAGAAAGGUGAAUUGGCUGAACUAAUAAAAAGUUAUGGGAUUAAAGAGGAGGACAUGGAAAAGGCAGAGAGAAUGUCAUUAGUGGCAUUGUGGUGUGUUCAAGAUUCGCCAGGAGCUAGGCCACCAAUGAGUGCCGUGGUAAAGAUGCUGGAAGGAGGAGGAGUGGAGAUCAUGCCACCUCCUAAACCCACUCAUUUACUGUUCUCAUCGUUAGGGAAAACUGCAGUCAAGCCACCAAAUGCUGCCACUGAUUCGAGUUUCUCCUCGAGUGAAGAAUCCAAUUCUAAUUGGUAUAAAGAGACCACUGCAAUCAUGGCCAAGUAUGAAAUAGAAGUGGCCAGCAGUUAACAAGACUAAAAUUCAGUUUCCAGAAAGUGUGUUUUGUCUUGACUUUUGUUAGUAUAAAGUUUUUCGUUUUCUGUUUAGCUAACAGAAGUUUAAAUUUCGUUCGAUUGUAACACGAACCAAGGUAGAUUCUUUUCUUCAAUUUACCACAACCAAGAAAAGGUAAAGGCAUGA